UCCGUCUGAAAAUGGCCCCGACCUCGACGUACCUCGUAGUGGAGCAGGAGGAGGACAAAAUGAAGAAAGAAAUACAGAAGUCAGCCUCCUCCCCCUUUCUCACCCUUCACAUGACGCCACACCCAUCGUCAGCAAAAAUGACACGGUCAGCCUCCAUGUGCUCGGCCAGUCUGUACGUCAUCAUAGAAUCGAGAGGAGAUGAAUUCGUCGCACCGCGCACUCAGCCCGUAGGAUGGCGCCGCUAUCUCGGCGUGUUUUACACCCUCCUCGCCGUCAACAUGCUCUCUUUGACGAACACGAUUAUGAAAAAGUACUCGCACGUACACCCCUUCAACGUGGGGAUUUGGUACUCCCCCACCGCGGCCGCAGUCGCGCUGGUGUGCAUCCUGUAUCACAAGUGCUACGCACGAGGGUCCCUGUCCCAGGGGCUCCUCCCGCUGAAAGACAAUAAGAAAAACGUGGCCCUCGUCUUCCUUCGGGGAAUCAUUACCUCAAUAAUUUUUUACCUGUCCGUCGCAGCUUUUAGAUACAUUUCAGCGGCAGAUUUGAGAACUGUGAUUAGUGCCGUGGUAAUUGCCGUGUUUUUGUUUGGGUGGCUCUUUCUGGGAGAAAAAUGCGGCGUUGUGCCAAUCGUUACGGCGAUCGUGGCCGUUUGCGGGAUUGGAAUUAUGACAAGGCCGCCGAUUUUAACGGGGAAGGAGGAAUUCGAUCAAAAUACUCUGAUCGGAAUCGGCAUCGCAGUCGUCACCAUGAUCAUCAUCGCCCUUCAACUCGUCAUAAUCCGCUCAAUGAGUGAAGUCUAUCACGGCGUGAGUAACUUAAUCGCCAUGUUGUGGGGUGGCACCCAGGGCGUGAUCCUCUCCUGGUGCUGGGGCGAACUGAACCUCCCCGCGAAGGAAGAUAUCAUCGGAAUGUCGCUGGCGGGACUGUGUCUCGGAAGCGCGUUAACGUUUUUGGUGCUCGCGCUGCAAAAUGAGGAGGCUGGCGUAGUCGCGUUGGUUCGGACCAGUGAAGUUAUCUUCGUGUUUUUCUGGCAGUGGGUGAUCGUCGGGACAUAUCCGGACAUUAUCAGUGUUGCCGGAGCCAUUUUGGUGGUAUCGGGCGUUGUCACGGUAACCUUGAGAACAUGGGUGGACACGUUACCAAAGGAUAAUCCGAUGAAGAGGAGAUUGAGAUUUAUUUUAUUGUAGGAUUUAUUUAUUUUCUAAAUUUGUGUAAUUUGUAUGAAAAGGAUAUGCAGUAAUAAAAAUUGACUACCUCAAUAAAACAGUUAAAUACA